AUGUCUUUAAAUAAAGAUAAAGAGAAACGUAAUAAUUCACAAGACGAAAAAAAUGCUAGUAUUUCAAACUUAGAAUCAGCAAAAUGUGCUUUAGGUUCUCUUGGAGUUGUUGGAGACGCUGUUCAACCUUAUCUACCUUUAUUUUCUACUGUAACCAUUAUUAUUUCAGAAAUAAAUAAUGUCUAUGCAAAUGCUAAAUAUAAUAAAAAAAUCUGUAAUUCCCUUAUGGAUCGUGUAAAUAUAGCUGAAUUGUCAAUUAGAAAUUUAGAAAGAAGAAAAAAAGAAAAUGAAAAAAAUUUUCGGGAUGAAGGAUAUUAUCUUGCUUUCCAUCGUUUUAUUGAAGUCAUGAAAAACAUAAAACAGUUUAUAGGAAAUGUAUCUACACUUUCUGGAUUUAAAAAAUAUUUCCACGCCAAUUCAAUCAAAGAAAAGUUUGAAUCGCUUACCAGUGAGUUUGAAUUCGCUAUGAAUAAUUUACAUUUUACAACGACUUUACGUAAUGAUGAUCAAAGAAGAAUUGAUCAAGAAAGUCUUAGUUCAGAUCUUAAAGAAAUGGAAGAGUUUUUGAGUACUAUCGGUGAGAAUGUUAUUGAUUCCAACCAACAAGUUAAUACAGUUCUUACAGAAAUUAGGAUUAUCAAAAAUCAAUUGACAA